AGUGUCAAAAUCCAUGCAAGAACACCUCAAAUUUGCAAUGACGAACUGUGAUUAUCUCAUAAAAAUAAUUUUAAAAAUCCAAAAAAUUAGUGUACAUAUCUCUCUACUAAGUUUUCUAGUGCUAGUGUAGUAAUUAUUACAAAAUAAAUUGUUUUCCAAGUCGUGGGCUGAUGACAGCGAGAACCGCCAUGGCACCUCAAAAUCUAGUGAAUUCGUACUUAAUUUUAAUCUUUAAUAAUUAUAAAAUAAAUAAAUCACGAAUAUUCGUGUAGAUAGACAUAGAGAAUGAUAUAAGCUUCCAUUUGGGACCUAAGCUGAAAAAAAUUAUUCAUUUUCAACGACGUGGUUGGUCAUGGCAAAUUACAUAGUGACUUUCUAGGGAGAAAUCUGUCUACAGCCUCGCGUUAAUAAUUUUUUUGGGUCGGCGAAUGUUUGCCGAAAAUCAGUCGUACCAAUUUUUGACUGUGUAGUUGGCAGCCUGCGGGCAUUAAUUAAAAAAAAGCGAAAGGCAACUUAGUGUGAUAAAAUGACGGAGGGCGCUGCAAUCGUUUAUUAUUGAGUUAUGAUAAUGUAGAAAACAUAAUUAUUUGGAAAAUAAUAUUUUCUUAACUGUAAGAUUGCGCCUCAGGAUAAAAAUUUUAAUAGUACAGAAAUUGUCAAAAGUCUCUUUAAAAACAAACAUUUGACAGAUUAUAAUGUUAAAAGAAGAGAUUCUUGAAGAUCACUUACAUGGUCACUGGAAAAGAAUGCAAACCCAUUUAUAUCCAUAUUCAGAGUUAGCAGAGAUUGGUGUACCAGCAAUGAAUAUUGGAAACGAAGCUCAUAUUCUUACGUGGAGUGUCAAGCAAAUGCAACAGACAAAUUAAUUAGUCAGGUGAGGUAGCCGAAAGAUGCGAUUGAAUAAAUCUAUUGCCAGCAGCAUUGGUAGUAAUUUAAAUCGCUUUGGAGGUGCUCAAGAUUUAAAUAAAAUGCUACUGACUGAUGAUUACUUUUAGUGAUGUUAAUCUACGCAGUAUGCGACGUUUAAUGAAUGUUUUUUAUGUUAUGGGAAGACUAUUAAAAGCAUUCCAGAUUGACUUUAAUUGGUAUCAUUUAGCUAGUUGGAUCAAUAUUACUGAGCAGUGGCCUUUUAAAACUUCUUGGAUGAUUCUUCACUAUGAAAUGUAUGAAGACACUUUUGAAGAUUCAAUGUCUUUGAAGACAUUGUAUGAUAAAGUUCGUUCACAAAUUCCAGUACUUAAAAACGUUCAACUUUUCAAACGAAAACAUUCGCCGACCCAUUUUUUUCGCAAAAACGAACAAUUUGCCAUUUUUAAAAUGAUAUAUAUUAUGUAUCAAAUACUUGUUGUUUCUUUUUUAUCCUGUUUAAAAAAAGCGAAUCUGCAUUAUGUGACAGUAUAUUUUUUAUUUACAGUAAAGUGAAAUCGUUUCCUAACUGAAUACGCAAUAAAACGUUUAUCCACAAAUGAAAUUCAAGAUUCCUUAAUAUUUAUUAGAUAUAUGUUUUGUAAAGCAUAAAUAGUGAAAUAUUGCCGAUAUCACAUUUAUAAUUAAAAUAUUCAUUCAAUUAUAAUAUAUUACACAUGAAAUUUAUCAUGAAAAUUCUGUGAAU